CAUCUCAGGUCUCCCUUAAUACAUCUCGUUGCAGCUGUCCUGUACGAGAAUGUAAACAUCGUAGUCAUGGCUUCUCACUACCCCUAGUGAUAGUCACUGUAAAAUUAUAACGGCUAACAUUUUGAGGCCCUAAUGAGUGGAAGGAUAGCAUGUAGCUUAAGGGCAGGACUUGCCAGGCGUGGUGGGUCACACCGUAAUCCCAGCACUUUGGGAGGCCGAGGUCAGGAGUUUGAGACCAGCCUGGCCAACAUGGUGAAACCCCGUCUUGGGAGUGGAUACUUUGGCAAGAUGGCGGGGAGCGGCGUCCGCCAAGCUGCCUCUACCGCCAGCACUUUUGUGAAGCCCAUUUUCAGUCAGGACAUGAACGAGGCCAAGCGGAGGGUGCGCGAGCUCUACCGCGCUUGGUAUCGGGAGGUGCCGAACACUGUACACCAAUUCCAGCUGGACAUCACUGUCAAAAUGGGACGGGAUAAAGUCCGAGAAAUGUUUAUGAAGAAUGCCCACGUCACAGACCCCAGGGUGGUUGAUCUUCUGGUCAUUAAGGGAAAGAUGGAACUGGAAGACAAAGUAUGGAAGCAGCGGACACAUGUUAUGCGGUUCUUCCAUGAAACAAAAGCGCCAAGGCCGAAGGAUUUCCUAUCCAAGUUCUAUGUUGGCCAUGACCCAUGAAGUCACUCAGUGGAAAGGUGCCUGUUGAUAUUAUUUUAGAGCACAAAUAAACUCACUAUGCGAUGGUCAAAAAAAAAAAAAAAAAAAAAGAAACCCCG